CGUGACUGAUCAAGACCAGCCGCGUGAGGCCCAAGCCACGUGAGGCCCCCAAGCCACGUGAGGCCCAAGCCAAGUCACACCCCACGCCCUCCCCCCUCCCUCUCCCACUUCCACACAUGGGCGACAACCCGUUCUCGUUUGCCGCAUACCAAAAGACCGGGGCGCUCCCUCCGGAGCCUGUGGCAUCCACCGUCGCAGCCAGCAGUGGUGGGUCUGGACCGAGGGGAGCAGGUGGUGUGGACGACGACGACGGCGACGUUGGCGACAACCCGUUCUCUUUCUUCCGGCCGUCCAAAGCAUCGACGACAUCGACGACCUCGUCUUCAGUCAGAAAGUCAUCUUCAUCAAUGGCUCCUUCGUCGGCUUCAUCGGCGCCAUCUGCUGCUGUCUCGGUCUCGUCAUCGCUGCCUCCGGUUGCUGCCAUUGCGCUGCCACCGGUCGCUGCUGUCGCCUCGCACGAUGCUCCGCCGCCACCCGAGCCGGAGCUUCUCGAGGAGAUGGCGUCCGGCGGCGGAGCACUCCCGCCGCCAACAGCAACAGCCGCAUCAGCAUCAGCAUCAGCAUCGUCUUCUUCCUCCAUCGCUCUGCUGCAACGCGCUGUGCGCGCCGAGACGCUUCUGACUCGGGCACAGGCACGGAUCGCCGAGCUGGAGGCUGCGGCGGCUCAGACGCCGCCGCAGGCGCUGGCCAAGCUGGCGGAACUUCAGGAAGAGGUGGAGCGGCUGCAGGCCAAGGAGGCCAAAGACCAGGCCAUGCUCACCGAGUACAUGGACAAGAUCGAGGCCAAGCUUGCCGCAGCCAACGCCCGGGCCUCGGCCGCCCGCGCCCGGGUCCGGGUGCUGGAAGCGCGGCUCAAGGCCUCGCGGGCCCACGACGCCGAUAUCAAGCUCACUGCCGAGUUUGCGUCGACGCAGCUGGUCAAGAUUGCCGAGUUUGGCGAAAAGGGGAUCAAACAGCUGCUCGAGAGUCUCGGCGACCUCCGGCUUGCCGCCUCCACCCUCACCAACCUCGACCGCAUCGCCUCGCUGCCGCGGGACGAGCCCGACUCUGACUCUGACUCUGACUCGUCGUAAGACGUUUCCGACGUCUGCGUGGUUUACACCCUGCGACCCACGGUCGUCGCUACAGCGCCGGAGCCCAGCCGAUGAACAUGGCCGACAGGUUGGUCUUGGAUGUCGCCUCGUCGAUCAUCUGCUGGACGUGCGACGGCGUCGACAUCCAGAACGAGGCGUCGACCAUGCGGCCCUCGAGGUGGAGCUCGAUGAGGCGGAUGACCUUGAGCGCGUGCGGAUUG